GGAGCCGAAGCAGGAAGGAAGGCAGGCGGAGAGGGAAGGGAGGCAGGCUGUGAAUGCUAACAAGCCCCGUCGUAAUCAUACAGCUCCGUAGGUAGGGUUUGAUACAAGAGAGAGAGAGAGAGAGAGAGAGAGAGAGAGAGGGAGAGGGAGAGAGAGAGAGAGGGAGAGAGAGGAAAGAAAAAAAAAGAAAAAAAAGAAAAGCCCGUCUUGCAAUGGAGAGGAACGACGACCACUAUUAAACACCUACUAUGCGCCAGUGCCGCGUUCGCCCCGUGCGCGUGCAGCAGCCUGACCGUCGUCGGCACGUUUGAUCAGAAAAACCGUCUUUUUCCGCUGAGUGAAAUGUAUCGCGACUGCUCGGGACUCACAUUCUGACAAUGGAGAUUGAAAAUAUCGUGGCCAACACGGUUCUCCUGAAGGCGAGGGAAGGUGGAGGAGGGAAGAGGAACGGUCGCAGUAAGAAAUGGAAAGAGAUGCUAAAACUCCCCCACAUCAGCCAGUGCGAGGAGCUACGCCGUGCUAUCGAGAGGGACUACACCAGUCUAUGUGAGAAGCAGCCCAUUGGUCGGCUGUUAUUCCGUCAGUACUGUGACACCAGGCCAGAGCUGAAGCGCUGCAUCGAGUUUAUGGAUGCUGUGGCCAUGUACCAGCUCGCUCCUGACGAGAAGAGGAGGGACUGUGGACUGAAUGUUUUAGACACAUACUUUAAUAAUGGGUCGGCAGCCCAUCUGCCAGACAUACCCCAGGAUGUCGUGGCUGGGUGUCGGGAGAGGCUGGAGCAGAGUCCGUGUAAGGAGCUCUUCAAUGACUGCACCAAAAUAGUUCGUGAUUAUCUGAGUGGAGCUCCAUUUUCCUCUUACCAGGAGUCCAUGUACUUCUCACGCUUCCUGCAGUGGAAAUGGUUGGAGAGGCAACCAGUAACCAAAAAUACCUUCAGACAUUAUAGAGUACUAGGAAAAGGUGGAUUUGGCGAGGUUUGUGCCUGCCAAGUACGUGCCACCGGUAAGAUGUACGCCUGUAAAAAGCUGGAAAAGAAACGAGUGAAGAAAAGAAAAGGUGAAGCAAUGGCACUAAACGAAAAACGCAUUUUAGAAAAAGUUAACAGUAGUUUUGUAGUUAGUCUAGCAUAUGCCUAUGAGACCAAGGAUGCGCUGUGCCUGGUGUUGACCAUAAUGAAUGGCGGUGACUUAAAGUUCCACAUCUACAACAUGGGCAACUCCGGCUUUGACGAGCAGAGGGCCAUCUUCUACGCUGCUGAGAUCUGCUGUGGCCUUGAGGACCUGCACCGUGAGAGGAUAGUCUACAGGGAUUUGAAACCUGAAAACAUCCUCCUGGAUGAUCGUGGACACAUCCGAAUUUCAGACCUGGGUCUUGCUGUUCAAAUCCCUGAAGGAGAGACGAUACGAGGGCGAGUGGGCACUGUUGGAUACAUGGCUCCCGAGGUGAUCCAGAACGAGAGCUACACUGUCAGCCCAGACUGGUGGGGGCUCGGCUGCCUGAUCUUUGAGAUGAUACAGGGCCAGUCGCCUUUCCGCAAGCGCAAGGAGCGCGUCAAGCGGGAGGAGGUGGACCGAAGAGUGCGCGAGGAUCAGGAGGAGUACUCUGAUAAAUUCUCAGAGGAGGCGAAGGAUAUCUGCAGACAGCUCCUGGCCAAGGACCCCAAGGAGCGACUGGGUUGCCAGGGUCGAGGGGCCAUUGAGGUCAAGCAGCACCCCAUCUUCAGAAACAUCAACUUCAAACGGCUGGAGGCCAACAUGCUGGACCCUCCCUUCAGCCCAGAUCCUCGGGCCGUGUACUGUAAAGACGUCCUGGACAUCGAGCAGUUCUCUACAGUCAAAGGGGUGAACCUUGACCCCACAGAUGAUGACUUCUACCACAAGUUUGUCACAGGCAGUGUCUCCAUCCCGUGGCAGAAUGAGAUGAUUGAGAUGGAGUGCUUCAAAGAAAUCAACGUCUAUGAGACUGACGGGACGCUGUGCUCGGACCUGGACGUGAACCGGCCGAACCCUCCACCAAAGAGAGGCUUCUUUUACCGCCUGUUCAGAAGAGAGGCAAGUGCUAGUGCUCCGCCAACUGUCCGAGGGGGUGGGGGCUAAGGUCUGUUUUAAGAGCGGUUACAGUGAUGACGAGAUCGAAGAGCCCUCACGACUUUAAACCACUCCCUCCACCUGCCUCCUCCUCCCCGCCCUUCGCCGCUGAACUUCACCACAAACUCCAACCGAGCGCAAAUCUUAGGAACUCAGUGAAUGUUGACCUGUAUUUAUGAGCUGUAUUAAAAGUGUAUUAUAAUUAAAGAAAAAAGUAUGAGUUUAAAGAUUUUGUACAUUUGUACUUGAAUUUAUGUCUAGAUGUAUAUUUUCACUAAAGGUUGUAUUGUACAAAAAGCCAUAAAAGUACCACUUGAAUGCAUACAUUACAUUUUUAUUUCCUGUUUAUUUUUCUUUUGGAAUGAGUUUGGAUAAUGUGUCUUGGGGAGUUUUUUUAAGAAGCACAGUACCAGUAGUCUUUUUAUUUUUCUCAAUGUAGCAUAAGGCCUUUUUUGUUUUUAUAUGUGCUGUAUGUUUGUCAUUGAUUUGGCCAACGUGACGUGUUGUUAGCACAUCAGAUCCAACCGGUCCAACCAAAUUAACCCUUAGCCUCUGCACCCCUCAAGGCUCUGGUAGAUCUGAACAAUGCGCAUAGAUCCAAACAACAUGGGGGGGGGGGGGAAUAAAUCCAGUCUAAUUUUGCUAUGUUGAUGCCAUGCUGCUAAAGCCUUCCCAUGUGUUUCCCAGAUCUCCACCUGCCCCCUUUUGACUUAAGUUGGUUUUGGAAGUGAUAAUCCAGGUCCUUCCCUGAGCCCCUGACUAGAUGGCAUGUGAAGUGAACAGCAUUCUUGGUGCCUGUACCAACUCGAUUAAGCAGAGAUGGCAUGGAUUUGUUUCUGACAAUCUUUUAGUCAGCAUGUGCAACAAUAAGAAUCUUUUAGAAUAUGACGGAACUAUUAGAGGCUUUUUCCCCAUUAAAAAAACGGCCUGAUAAUUAUCAUUCCUAGAGCUCUCCAAAAAUCUCUCAUCAUCUACAAAAGGCUCAGAACAUUAAUUUAAAAUCCCAGACUGCGUUUCCAACGGGAGCACAGCUGGUAAGUCUGUUACAUUAUUCACUCAGGCAAAUUUUGUCUCAUCUCUUUUUCCUGCUUUUUUGGUCUACUACCUGGCUUUUCUUUGUUUUAUAUUUCCCUGAUGUGUCCAGUUGUUAUAUAUCAUGUGCGAAGCUAAAAUCCUUUCCUUUUAAAUACCAAAAUGAAUUACCACCCAUGUUUUUUAGUAUACCAGAAAGCCUAGGACAGGUUGACUGGAGAAUUAUUUGGAACAUAGAGACUGAUGAUGAUGAUGAUGAUGGGACUGUAUCGGAGAUCUGACCUGCAGCUGACAAGGGCUUCAUCUAGAUAACAAAUUGCUGUUGCAUCGAGCUAACUUCCAUUGAUUCAGCUGUCAGCAGCCAUUAGCCUCUGUGCUGAGUCAAGAUACAGCCUGCUUUGGCCUCUGUGCCUGUUGAUCACAGAUAGUGUGGUGCCUGACUGCCACACAUUCUGCUAGUAGACCUUCAGUUUAGAUCGCGUGGCUUUAGCUGUUUGUACUAGAUGAAAAUAACAUUUCUUAGUCGUAUCAACGCCCACCUUUAACUCUGACUUGGGACAGUUGCUUGUGUGUACGUAGACGGGGAGAAAUGUGCGGAAUUGUGGUUAAAAUUCCCGCCUGCGGAGUUCCCAUCAUCCGUGUACAGUCUGUGUAGAUUGUACUCUCGACCAUUUUCAGAACGGCAGUUGUUGUGCACUUUCUGUUUCAUCGUACAAGUGUUUCCUUCCAAGUUAACCGAUCACGAACAAAUGCAUCUUCUGUUAUGUGUUCUCAUCAGAAUUCAUCAUGUUCAAUGUUUGUUUGUUCUCAUGAGCAUUUUCAGAGGCAUUUGAAGCCAUUUUGCUUUUGAGGCAGUUGCUGUUUACUCCCCAACACCUGUUUUAAUGCUGUGAAUACCCAAUCUGGACAUGUUAGCUUUGUCUGUGUGUGCGUAUAUAUUACACUGUAUGCAAAUGCAGCUUUUGUUCAACCUGAUGCAUUUGAAGUACAACAAUACAGUAGUUCUAGAUCAUGUCAGGACAUGAAUGUCAAGUGAAUUUCAAACCUAUUUGAGACAUUUGAAAUGGUACGCAUUGAUAUAAUUCCCCAUCGCGUUAACUAACCCUCUCUUGGAGAGGAGGCUUGUUUAAAAAAUGUUGUCCCCUGUUGCACAUUCCAUUAUCAAAAAUCAGGAAUCGAACGUGUGCAUCUUGCUGUUGCUGGCUUGUCGUCACUUGAGUUUCUGAGUGUCUUUUUUUUUUUUUUUUUUUCGCUCUCAGGCACAUUUUGAAGCUGAUUUCUCUUGCCUAUGUAGAUUUUAGCCUUUUAGCUCUUUAGCCUAAAAAACCCUUGUAAAUGAUGUAUUUCUAACAUGUAACUCUAAGCUCUAACACACAUUCACUCACUCACACAGGGAAACUAAACCGUUUGCCACCCAUGCCUCUGUCAUUGUUUGAACUUUACUCUCAUGCCAUCCAUACAGCAGUAAAGAAAUUUCUGUUUAGUUUCAUUGCACUAUGGUAUGUUUUGACAAUGACUAUAGGAAGUGUCUUUAACUUUUUUGCCAAUGAUACCAAAAGCAACAUUAAGUAAAUCCAACUUGUUUUGUUAUCUGAACAAUUUACUGAAGAAAGACUGUCAGCCUUUAUCGUAUGUGCCAAUUACCAACUUAAGUUGUGACAUCCCGCCUUUUUUCAACCUCUUUAUCAUUCCGUCCAUCCUGAGAGAAAUUCCUUCACAUAAAGGAACUUUAAACAGCUCAACAGUUUUGAAUGUCCGCACUAAGUGCAUUGUAAUGCCUGUUUUAAAAAGAAAUACAUAUGUUUUAUUACUCAAGCAUGUAUCGGUUUGUAAUACUUCAGGUUCCUUGUAUAUGUAAAUGAUGACCUUCUAGUGCCAACAUAUCUCACUGGUAUCUGAGGACAACUUUAUAAAUGGCAAGGUGACCAGCUGAGUUGGCCCCGUCUGAAUACACGACAAGCAUUCCUUCUCUCCUGCCUUCCCCCAAGGUGGUGAUGGUGAGUCCUCCCCUGAAAAGAGGGAUGGCGCUCACCGGCAACGUUUAGAAGUGAGAGAUCCUCAGUUCCUUGAUGUCACUUGAGUCUAGUUGGGGGAUAAUUGACUGGAGGUUUUCUGGGGUUUCACACCCCUCAGUCCAGAUAUGUCAGAUAAGUGAUAUUUUCAAGGAAGGGAGGAAUGACAAAUGCAUUAUUGGUAUUCAAACGGUGCCUGGGACUUCUUGAUUUUUCUUCUUUUUUGUAUCUGUACAGUCAUGUCGUUCAACCACUGCAGUCAUUGUUAAUUCUUGUACAAGUUGUAUCACUGGUUGUUGUACCAUAUCUGACAUUUGUAAUUAUGAAAUAAUACACUGCCAUUUGUAUAAAAA